CACGUCAUUGGGGUUUAAGUGCCAGCGUGUAGGGAUAUGGCGACGACGACGAGCAUGGCGUCGCUCGCCAGCUCCAUGGCGGGGCUCUCGCUCGGAUUCUCGUCGAGCUCGGGAUGGAAUCAGCGAUUGGCGCCGCUGCAAGCCUCUCCGGCGGGUGGAAGGCUGGCAUCCAGACCAUGCACGAUCACAAUGACGAUAAGAAAAUGGGAGCUUAAGAAGCUCAAGGAGAAGAAGAAAAUGCACGUCCGCCUGGGCGACACAGUGAAGGUGAUCUCCGGCAGCGACAAAGGCAAAGUUGGAGAAGUCACGAAGCUCUACCGCAAAUGGAGCCGGAUCAUCGUCAAGGACGUAAACAUGGUGACGAAGCAUAUGAAGCCCAAAGAGAAGGGCGAAAGUGGCCAGAUCCUUCAAGUGGAAGCUCCAAUACACAGCUCCAACGUCCAGCUCUAUUCCAUCAGUGCCGAGGUUGUGAGCCGUGUGGGACACAAGGUCCUCGAGGAUGGAACUAAAGUUCGCUACUUGAUCAAAACCGGGGAGGUCAUUGAUUCUAUUGAGCGCUGGAAGAAACUUCGCUUCCGGGACAAGGACAAAGACAAAGACAAGGAUUCCAAAGCCGGGGAGCAAAAGAAAUCCGACGGCGAUAAGCAAUGACGAUUGGAAAAUCUGGUGGACAUUUCAGUCCGUAACUUUCCAGGGAACAAGCACACAUCGUAAUCCAAGGCUUUGAUUAAUUAAAUGUGGUUAACAGCCAUAGCGAUGGGUUUUUCCCAAUUAUACGAACGCGAUGAAUCGAUGUU